AGAUGGCGACAAAGAUGCUGGACUUCGACAGCUUCCUGCCAAUCCACCAACACAUCUGCAAAGCCAAGGACCGCGGCACAUAUGAGGAUUUUGUUGAGGGUCUGAGGGUAUUCGACAAACUGGGCGAUGGCACAGUCAUGGGCGCUGAGCUCAGGCACGUCCUGGCUUCACUAGGUGAGUUCAACGCCUCAGACGAGGCUGAGCAGCUCAUGACAAACCAGGAGGACGCCAUCCGCUGUGUAAACUACGAAGAUUUUGUAAAACACGUCAUGGCAUCUUAA